CAUCCAUAGUGGUGGUAUAGUUACAUAGUAGGUUUACAUCACUUAAAUGCACGCCAUACUUUAGCGAUCACAGUCACAGUCACAUAGUUUGUAGACAGUAUUAGAGGGAUUAGACAGGGAUAGUAUAGUGAUUGACAUUACCUGUUGCGAUGGCGGGAGAAGACGGUGAGAAUGGUGGAAGUGACGGGUCAAUGGACAACCAUGUAUCUGAUUCUGAAGAUGACAUGGAACAUGUUCAAUUGCUACCGGCACAAGCACUCAGCAGGAAGAGAAGCAGGGUGUCGGUAACAGUGUUAGCAGUCAUAUUGUCAAUUGGAGGGACAGUGUCACAACUCGCAAACAGCAAGACUUACAACCACCCAGUUUGAAAUCUAAUUCAUAAAACACAAAUCGAUCAUUCAUUGCAAAUCGAUCGUUCGGUGCAAUGAAUAUCACAUAUCCCCCUGUACAAUCAAUUAGAGGUUAUAAGAAUGGUCAACAACUAGCUGAAUAUAUGCAAAGAGUAGCAGGAAACACACCUCUGCGCGCAAACACAAGUAACACUCGUAGCAACACAUGAUCUACCUCAUCAAAACGAAAAGGUACACGAAAACUCAUUUCAACUACAAAAACACGAGACGAGUACAAUAUACGGAAGGCACGAGCGCGGAAUACGGUUAUCAACAUACAUGAAGCAAUAAAUAAGAAACGUAGAAGCGAAGGCUACCAUCCUGCAAUUCCAGCCCAGACAAGUAGAAGUACGCAUGCAUGCAUAAAUACAAACACAUCGUUCAAUUCACGAACAAUAGAAUUUAGCGCAGCAUCAAGUACGGAAGGGGGUAGCACAAGUACAUACGCUCGUAUGGAUACAAAUACAUCCGCCGCAUCACAAGGAGUAGAAGUCAGCACAGAAUCUAGCACAGAAGACGGCGACACAAGUACACGCGCACGUAGGAAUACAAAGACAACCACCACAUCACAAGGGGCAGAAGUCAGCACACAAUCUAGCACAGAAGACGGCGACACAAGUACACGCGCAAGUAUGAAUACAAAAACAAUCACCACAUCACAAGGGGCAGAAGUCAGCUCAGAAUCAUGCACAGAAGACGGCGACACGAGUACACGCGCACGUAUGAAUACAAAUACAACCACCACAUCACAAGGGGCAGAAGUCAGCACAGAAUCUAGCACAGAAGACGGCGACACGAGUACACGCGCACGUAUGAAUACAAAUACAUCCAACACAUCACAAGGGGCAGAGGUCAGCACACAAUCUAGCACAGAAGACGGCGACACGAGUACACGCGCACGGGCAACGGAACACAUGGGCGAACACAUGGGCGACACGAGCACACGCACACGCAUGGAUACAAAUACAUCCACUACAUCACAAGGGGUAACGGAACACUUGAGCGAACACAUGGGCGAACACAUGGGCGACACGAGUACACGCACACGCAUGGACACAAAUACAUCCACUACAUCACAAGGGGCAACGAAACACAUGGGCGACACGAGUACACGCACAUGCAUGUUCACAAAUACAUCCACCACAUCACAAGCACCAAUGGGUAAACCUAUACCUAUGGCUCCAAGUAGUGUACCUAAAUCUAUUGGAAUGGACUUCGAUGUUAGCCAUAGGACUAUCCUACCGGACUGUACAGCAGAUGACGAAUUGAGCUUAGCAGCAUGUCCUUUCUGCCUAAUGGGUAGUAAGAACGGAGAGGAGGGGAGUGGAAGCAGCGGUGCGUGUUACUAUUGUCAACAUGGGCCCAUGGAUAUAAUCACUCACGUAAACAGAUUGGAAUUCGCAAACUUACAACACACUAAUGAGGAACUAGAACAUCAAGAAACUAUAAGGGAUCUAAACAACGUAGUGGUUAUCAGUGAGCAUCGAGGUGCUAUGCGUUUGGAUAUGGAUAUAGAAGAACCUAGCGUAGGAGGUCGGAAUGGAGGUCAGAAUGGAGGGGUUCCGCAGUAUUUCCCUGGAGAUGAAAAAGAGGAUGGUCAUGUCAGGCAAGAUAAUGUGCAGGGGGCAGCAGAUGAAGAAUGGUUAGCACUAUACAACAAGAAUCCUAAGCUAAUCGAGCGUCGGAUACAUGUAACUGUCAAGUUCAAUUUCGGCAACAAUACAAAAUCUUUUAAGGAUAGAGAUUUUAGAGGAUACAAAGAUGAUGAGUUCCGUGGACAUCCUCGAUAUCCCAAAGUUCGAACAGGCUAUACUUGAUAUGUCGAAUAGGGCGAUACUGGAUUGGAGAAGCAAGCCACAAACUGGUAAAAACGAU